ACAGAGGUUAGAGGUCAGCUGGAGAUCAUCCUGCAGAUAAAGAGAGGAAACGAAGCCGACGACGAACUUCAUCUGGACACUAUUAUGUGCAUCGAGGCUAUACCCAAAGAAGCACAAAAAAUCAGCCCCAAACUGUCUGACCGUGUGCGGGAGGUUUGUUUCCAAGCGCUGCUUAUGUUUCUGAAGAGCUACUCUGCUACGCAGACUGAGAGGCUUGGGGAAAUGGCAAAAAUGGACAACCCAGAGAUGAAAUGCUUCUUCCAGACUUUGAACAACUGUAAAAAUCUCAAGCUGCAAGUCCAAAAUAAAGGCACCCUUCUUGAGGAAGCUGUGGCAGUGCUUGAAAACCUGGAGGAUUCCACAGUGAAACUUGUGAUGGAAAUCGUAGCUGACAUCACAGAGAGCCACCUGAAGAAAUACUUCAAAUCGGAGAACAAGGAAUUCUUCCUCUUGAUUGACGAAGUAAGGAAUCAUUUCUCCGAGUUUUCCUGCUUUCAGGACAUACAAAAGAGAGUGAUGGACGGCGUCUACAAGCUCAUCACUCACAGUUACCUGAAACAUCUAAUCCAAAGCAGCCAGAGCAAACUGAGGAGGUGCUGGAGUCCUGAUUUUGAACAAACAGUUGCUGAUGAUAUGAAGUUGCUACAUAUAACCAUCUCAGACCUGGCUCCUGGUGUUCAAGAGUGGAACCUCAUGUUGCUGAAAGUCACAGAGCUGGUGGAGUGUAAGAGCACUGACACGAUGAAGCUCACAGUUGGAA